AUGACUUCAUGUAAAACCCCGGACGAGAAUCAAUCCGCAAGACUCGAUAUUGAAGAGCUUAUUGUCAAAGUGUUAUCGGUUGGACAUCCAGCAAAAAGCUUGACGAAAACUGUCAAAGAGCAAGAAUUAAUAUCAUUGUGCUCAAUUGCAAGAGGUGUAUUUUUGCAGCAGCCUGCUCUUCUGGAACUUCGCGCUCCUAUCAAAAUUUGUGGCGACGUUCACGGCCAGUAUUCAGAUGUGCUUCGUUUAUUUAGCAUCAGUGGGUUUCCACCAAAAUCGAAUUAUCUAUUUUUGGGCGAUUAUGUUGACCGAGGCCAUCAGAAUUUGGAGCUCAUCACGCUAUUCUUUUGUUAUAAGAUAAAAUUCGCCGAGCAAUUCUUUCUACUUCGUGGGAAUCAUGAGUGUCCGGCAAUCAAUCGAGUCUAUGGAUUUUUCGAGGAAUGCAAUCGUAGAUAUUCAAGUACGCGUCUUUGGCUCGCAUUUCAGGAAACAUUCGCUGCGAUGCCAUUCACUGGCCUAGUUGCCGAGAGAAUUUUGUGCAUGCAUGGCGGUCUGUCGCCGAAACUCACAAGCAUUGAUGCUCUACGCGAUCUUAGUCGUCCAAUGGAUCCUCCGAGCCCGUCACUUCACAUUGAUCUUCUUUGGAGUGAUCCAGAUAAUAAUGUGAAAGGUUGGGCGCCGAACCAACGCGGCGUCUCCUACGUGUUUGGUCCCGGCGUUGUGCAAUCGACCAUCGAAAAGCUGGAUAUUGAUCUGAUCGCCAGAGCGCACCAAGUCGUUCAAGAUGGUUAUGAGUUUUUCGCGCAGAAGCGUCUUGUCACUAUUUUCUCGGCGCCGCAUUAUUGUGGGCAAUUUGACAACUCUGCGGCAAUCAUGUCGGUCGACGAAAACACUGUUUGCUCGUUUCAAAUCCUGAAGCCAGUAAUUCGAAAGAGUAAAACUAAUGCCUGA